AUGUCAUUUCGGAAAAGAAACGAAAUUGUUGGGCGGGCACCCACUACGCGGCCUCUCACGCGUGCUCCAGCACGUUCUCCUGUUCCAACAUCCGUUUCGCCAAAACCACAAAAACCUGAACUGACUGUAGGCGUGAUUCCAUCUCCUGUGACAUCUCAGCCCACAGUUUCUACCGGGUGUGCUGAUUUGGACAAGAUCUUGCACCACAUGGGGCUUCCUUUGGGAAACACUUUGUUAUUGGAAGAGUCGGGGACUACAGACUUCACGUCAGUCUUGCUACGAGGAUUUGCUGCGCAAGGAGUGAUGCACAACCGCGUGGAAAAGGGCAAGCUAGCAUGUCACGUGGUGGUCGUCGGCCCUCCUGCUGCUUGGGCUGUCGAUCUUCCCGGAGAGUACAAGGGCCUGUCGAAAGAACAGAAGCAAGCACGCAUAGCCGCCGAAAAGGCUCGUGUCAGCGUGGCAAACAUGGCAGAUAGCGACUUGAAGAUCGCAUGGAGGUACGGUCUCCGCCCGCAAGGCGAGAGUACGUCGGAGACUGAAAACGGCGUCAAUGAACAUUAUUCCACACAGUUUGACAUCACACAUCGGCUUGUGCCCGCGGCCAGCAGUACUGACAUAUCGUUUGUGCCGCUUUCGGGAUCGUAUGGCUCUGUGAUGGCGCAGAUUUCACACAUUGUCGAGAGCCACCUGCGACAGCAAAAAGUGGUUCGAAUUGUUCUUCCUGGCUUUCUCAAUCCGCUGAUGUAUCUGGCCUCUUGGUCGUCACCCAGCGUGGUGAUCCCUUUUUUCCAUCUGUUGCGAGCACUUGUGACAAACCUGCCUCGCGUCGUUCUCGCCGCUUCACUUCCUCUUGACUUGUAUCCACGACAUGGAAUCCUCACGCAAGUGUUUGAGAGUUUGGCAGACGGAGUCAUUCACUUGCAGCCUUUCAAUGCUGAAUUGGCAGCUUUGGUCGAGCGGGCAUACAAAAACCAGCCGGCAAAGAUCCAGCAAGGUUUGGUGCAUGUGAUCAAGGUGCCUGUGCUAUCUGCUCGGGGUAUGAUGAUGGUCCGGAACGGAGAGUAUGCGUUCAAGAAUGGGCGGAAGAAAUUUGAAAUCGAAGAGUGGGGCAUUCCGGUGGAGGACGAAGAGCCAGAGAAGGAGAUGGACUUCUGA